CCCAACAACAGGAUUAUAUUUUAUCCAUAAUGCCUCUUAAUUUAAUUUUAGUUAACACCUACUCAUCUUCACACGCUUACAAAAAAAGUUUCGGUCACUUUAUCAUCUUUCAAGAAAUUCACAGUAAUUUCAAGUGCGUGAUUGUUUUUCUUUGUGGCGCUCAUGUGAUGAAGAUAUCAUAUGUGGGAUCAUGGAACUUUUUUUAGCAUAUUUUUGCUGCUAAGAAACCUUUGUUCAAGUUACAAGGAAGAACAGAAAAAACUGAAGGCGUACAAACGAAGCUGACGAAAGUAAAGUGAAUGUAAACAUUCUAUAAAACGACACUGAAGACUUUGUAAUGGAUAUAUCGCAGAUUUGAAUCAUUUUUAUGACUGACUUAACCUCUAAACAGGUACUAUUAUGUUUACGGGUGUGUUUUAGCAAGCUAUUUGCACACAAACACUUGCCAGACACCUUUACGUACGGCACGACCUUUGAAGAGUUGACGACGUGCAAAUUAGAAUACGUAGAAUACUAACGACCGCCCACUCAGACAACACAUAAAAGCGGUAGGAGUCCUUCUGUCUGUCAUACCUUGCACCUUAUUUUCUACUGGAAAAUUUUGCAGACGGAUAACAAAAUGCCUGUAAGCCUCUGUGGAACAUGGGACAUGGUGAGCAAUGUCAACAUGGAGGGAUACAUGAUUGCUUUAGGUAUCAGUCUGUACACCCGCAAGAUCGCCCUGAAGCUAAAACAUCGUAAGGUGAUCGAGCAGGUGGGGGAUCAAUAUGUCGCCAAGACUCUCAGCACCUUAAGAAACUACACUUUCUCCUUCAGAGUCAAUGAGGAGUUUGAAGAGUUCACCAAGGGACUGGAUGACAGACACUGCAAGUCUCUGGUGACAUGGGAGGGGAACAAGUUGGUAUGCAUUCAAAAGGGUGAGAAGAAGAACAGAGGUUGGGCGCACUGGAUAGAGGAUGACAAACUCCAUUUGGAGUUGUACUGUGAAGAUCAAGUCUGCAAGCAAGUAUUCAAAAGGGUUGUUUGAGGCCCUGCUGUGGCGUUUACUACAAGACAAGGUGUAUUGAUGUAAACAAAGCUGUUUACACUUUAUAUCAAAGGAAUUUGAGGCAAGAAAAUGAACCAGGAGUUUCAACUUGUGCCUCGAGACCUGACUAAGCGAUUACAUUCAGUGAGCGGCUUGCGGACUGGGCCAGAGUGUAUAGGAGCAUGAUUUUCUAGUGCCACUAGGUGGCGCAAUAACACCAUGAACAAACAGGACUCGGGUCAACAGCAGUUUUCCCUGGAAGUACUGUAUGUUGUCAAUAGUUGUGCCAUCAUUGCCUAAUCAUGUUUACAUGUAAUACAAGAACCACACUCACAGACAUUUAGCAAUGUGCUUCUGUAUUUCUGCAAGCCAGAAGCAUUAUUUCACCACAAUGUGACUUAAUAAGGACCAUGCCGCUUUUUGAAUGCUUUUUAAAACAUAUUUUGUGUUUUGUUUAUUUUUAUAAUCUUAAGAUUUACAGUUUUGUAUGUGUAUGUGACAGCUAAAUAUACAAACUUUGUUCAUUCAAUUACUUGAAUUUAACACCUUGUUCAAUUACUUGAAUGCCCCUUACUGUGCAAUAAAA